GGGAGGGAGACUGCAAAAGUUUUCGAGGCGGGGGGUGGGGGUGCGAGGCUACGGCGGGCUGGACGGCGUGCCUCUCCCUGGUGGCAGCGGCAAGCCCGAAGGACGAGGAGUACAUUCAGGCCCUCUUGCGAGCUGUGCAACAGCCUCAGCGCCGGCUUUUCGUGGCCAUCACCUGGGACGCCAUGCUGGAAAAGGCGUGUAGAUCCUCUUCUACCUUCGCCACGACACUGGCAGAGCCAAAGCAUCGCUUUCAAAGUCUACUGUUGUAGUGAAUUAAGAUGCAUGAGCAUAUUGUAAAGCUGAUUAUAAAUGGCAUAGAAAACACUUAAUGCAUAAUCAUACCCCAUGUACAAUUUAUUCAAUCUGCGCAACAUUCCCCUUUUCUAAUAAAGCAAUCUGGAUGUCAUACAUCCAUCAUCAGUGCAAACCUUUCAGCCAGAUGUCUGAGUGCUCCAGUAACUACGCUACCUACUUUAAUGAAUCACUAUGUGUACUAGCAGUCGCAUCCUUACUUGGUCUGCCUUCAAAGACACGCUUGCCUUUUUAAAAAUGUCUUUUAAAUCAUGCAUUUUAUUCACUCCUAGAUCAGUGAGCUGGGAAAUCCCAAAGCCAAGAAACCAAAGGAUGUUCCUUUGUUUUACGAGGUGACGGAAUCUGCCAAGAUCAUCAUGGAUGCAGGGGAUGAACUUCCCCUGCAACUCCUGGGCAUGCUGGUGAAAUUCCUCCUGCUGGAUGUCAAGGGCAAAGAUUUGCAGAGAAGGUUGGCUGAGGAGAAGACAGUAGACGAAACAGCCAGAGGUAAGACUGGAACUCCAGCCAAGGAAAAGGGGGCUGCUGCCGUGAAGCCCAUCAAAGGCGAUAAGGGGAAGAAAGCUGCUGAAGUUCCAAUGCCAACCAAGCAGACCAAACUUAAGCGCAGAGGCCAAGAGAUUGAUGACGAGCCUGGUGAUGGUCCUCAACUCUAUAUCCUCCUGUUGGGCUUCUACCAGCCGCAGCUUUUAUCAGUGCUGGACUCGCUGGGUGUACAUGUUUCCAGCAUCAUACGGCUGAGCUCCGAGGCUCCUGAGCUGUUCCAGGGUCAUGACACUUUCAUCACUGGAGAUGAAGCUUUGGAGGUCCAGAACCACAAGAUGCAGAAGCAGAUUGACGCAUUCUGGGGAAACCUGCAGGCAGGGCUGAACAGUGUCCUGCCUCGGUCCAGACUGUUCGACGUGGCCCAGCUCUAUUACACACUGAAGGAUGACGUGGUUCCCCUGGACAGACGAGAUCCCGAAGCCAUGCUGACCUUGGGGACAGGUGUCUUCGCAGGCGUGGCAUCCCUCCUCUAUGACCUCCUGGAGAAGAGGAAGCAGCAUCAGUACUACCUGGACAAGCUGAGGUUGAUCAGUGUUCCCAGUCUGGCCAGCAUGGAGCCACAGGACACUGGCUUAGAGAGCCUGAUAACUGUACCGGUACCUCAAGUGUUGUCAUCGACAAAGAAGCACAUUCCUGAGGAACUACCUCAUGCCACUACUGGGGUGGACACACGGUACUACUGCGCCCUUCUGGAGUCCAUCCCCACCGAGGCCCAGUCUGUGCCCCUGCUUCUGCACUGCAUGCUGGAACAGGUGGUGGCAAUGCAGGAGGGGAUUUUGCUGCCCAACAGAACUGAGGCCAAGGAGCAUGCAAAAGGGCAGGACAUCCUGAACACGAAGCAGCCAAAGGAGAAUUUUGGGGACAUGAUGCUGGAGCAGGAGGGGAAGAUGCCUUUGCUGCUGAACUAUCAUGAUGACAGGAGUAAAAGGCUGCACUACGUCCCAGUACAGUAUGGCAUGGAUGCCAUGAAGGUGGAGGCAGUGAUGCUACAAAACACGGCGCUGUUUAGGCUCCUCCACUCAGCUCAUCCUCCGGUGGAUGACCAUCUCCGGCUGGCCAGACUGCAGGAGCUCAUGUGCUUCUGCUGUGACAAGCCGCUGAGCUGGCCGGAGGUGGAGCGAGCACUCCUUCAGUUUGUGUUUGAGAGCAUGCCGCUCACAAAGACGGACCAGGAUGGCCUUCUGCUUCAAACCAGGCCUCCAGAAUCAGGCCCCAACCCCUGGGAUGACCCCAUCUCCUUCUCCCAGGGCCUUGAGCUUCUCCAUGUCAGACCAGGCACAUCAGAAGCGGGCGAGCUGAUCCAGAUGAGCGAGGAGACGAUCCGGACAGUUCAGCGGCGCCGCCUCAUGGCCUGGCAUUAUGCUGAGUGCCACAGUGCUGCUGUGUUGGCUCAGGUUCUCCAUGAUGCCUCUCUCACCUACCGCUGCAUGGACACCUUCCACCGUCAACUGGACAGAUCCCUUUGUAUCGUGUGUCACAACCCUGUGGGCCCAGAGCGGCAGAGCAGGGAAGUGUGGAACACAAGGCUUCAUACAGACGUGGGCUUCAGGAGGUACCUGGAGCAUGUGGCUGACUCUGUUUCAGACUGGAUGCAUCAGGAGGAGAGGAACUGGAAAGGCAUUGGGGAGCAACGGAGCAGAGAGAACCUAUGUGAGCCCCCUGUGUCGGGACAAGUGGGGCCCCAGGAGAAGAGCGUGUCCCCCAGCAGUGCGGGAGGUUCACUCAAGCCCCUGGAAGAUGUGGUGAUGGACCCAUAUGUGCGGAAAGACUCCCUGAAGGCAUGGAAAAUUGAGCAGGACAAACUGAAAGAAGAGGAGCUCACCAAGACAGUCAAGAAAGACAAAGGGACGAAGACCUCUUUAAAGGUGCAAGACCACUCAGAGAUUACAAACGGCAGCAAAGACACCCUCCUGCCCAGCCAGCAGAGCCAGGAAGACCUCCUGAAGACCCCUGAGCCUGCAAUGUGUUCCAGGAAGAGCAGCGAAGACAUACAUCUAGCCAAGGAUGAAUUCAUAGGAUUCAUCGGAUACAGUAUGAAUGGGACUCUGGUCCAUGUAUCAGGCCAGAUUCAAUCGCUGUUUCCUGCAGAUGGAGGACACAUCAGAGUGGAGACUGUGCACUUUGCAGAAGGUUCGACGUUUGUCCAGGUGAGCGUGACAAAGGACAAUCAUCACUUUGUCACUCACAUUGCUGAGCCGAGGAGGAGCGCACAGUGGAGUAAGAAGAGUACUAUUUCCAGGGAUAAUAGUGAAUGCAAGCAGACUGUGAGCAAAUUCGGGUCCUUCUCCACUCUGCUCAGCAGUGGCAUCCGUCUCUCUUUCAGUCAUCAUGGCAGUUCCGGGGAGAGCCCAGAUGAGAGGUACCCUUUCCAGACCCUGCAUACUAACAGUUCCGUAGCUCCCCCUGCUGACUUGUCUUCUUUCACAGAUGAAGCCUUGAGAGCCAACAAGCCUCAGCAGUCUUCCAGGUUCCCAGACUGGUCUCCAUUCCAGACCCUGGCCGUGUCUGUCCCCACUGGCCUUGUGCUGCGCUUCUUCUGUGAAGAGUCACCAGCGGCUCCUGGGCAGGUAAAGGGCAUGCUGGUAAGGCAGAGUUUCCCACUGGGUGGCAGCGUGUCCCAUUCUUUGGAGGCCUCCAGAGCCAUCAGCAGCCAGGGCACUGUGGUCAGAUGCAUGAGGGAUGGAUCCACACAGAUCCUGUUUGCGGAUGGUACAGUCAGCAACAGCCCAGACUCGCUACCGGUCUGUCAGUCAUUGCUGGAGCUGCCCACCUUAGACAAAGAGCAAGUCCAAGAGUGGAAUCCAGAGGUCAAGGAGACUCUAGAGAAAAGUGGCAAGUUGCAUUCGAGGCACAGUACAGGGCCAGAGUCUGUUGUGCUGGCAGAUGUGGGCCAGAAUGGCAGGGAGGGUGACGAGCAAACUGUGCUGCAGCAGGGAGGAACCUGGGUCACCACCACACCAUGUGGGUUCCGUGUGGCUACUGUGAAUGCACAGCCGUUGGAUGCUCAGUCAGUGCUGGCAUGCAAAGCCAUGGACCCAGCCAGCGGGGCAGUUGUGGUUACCAGAGAGGAUGGAGUCCUCAUCGUGGUGCAGAGUGAUGGAACAAUUAUCGCCGAACAUGCCGACGGCACCAGGAUCACAACCUUCUAUAGGGACAUUGAAGGAGCUGUGACAAAAGGGGAGGAGGAACCCUGCACUGAGCGCAAGAAGGAGAAGCUGGUAAUGGUGGAAUAUGAGGGGUUUGCUACUGUGGUGAUGAGCUGUGACAAGACAGCUUGCAGUGCUGUGUUUGGAGAUGGGACCGUCAUUAAAGCCACUCACAGGGGAGAGUACCAGGUUGUCCCAUCGAGUGGUGGUUUUCUCCACAUCCAUGAGGAUGGUAGCACUGUAUACACCUCGCAACACAACAGUAAUACAACACUGACCUCUGGUGGCGAUAAUGAAAAACUGCAGCCUGGUAGCUAUGUCAUGAAGCAUACUAGUGAGGUUGUAUGUGAGGUCACAGACCCAGAGGAGAACCACUUUAAGGUGAUGGUAGAUGGAGAAACCUACAUCGAUAUUUCAAGGACUGAAGAUCAUUGGGAAGGAGAGGAGGAGGAAGGAGAAGAGGAAGAACACCAAGGGAGAAAUGGGAAAGGAGCGAAUUUGUCCAAGUCCUCCUGUACAGGGCUCGAAGGAUCCUCAGCUAGGUUCUUUGUUGUCCACCCUGACGGUUCUGGAACUGAACUGCUGAGUCUGGAGGAUGUUGAGGACUUCCUAGACAAGGCCCAAGCUGACCCAAAGGUUGCAGUGCUUAAGGAAGCCAUUCCUGAGUUUCCAGGGGUCCUGGGGAUCACAGUGCUGAAGCCCUGCCUGAAGGACAGCGCCUCCCGCUGGAUUGUCCAGAAGCAGAACCCAGACAUCAUGCCUCUCAACCUCAGGUCCAGGAAGUGGGACUUGUUCCCUUCCAGUGAGAGCAAGCUGCCCGACCCCUCAUCUGGCACUUGCACGAGCAGGGACCCGAGCCAGAAUGAGAGGCGACGCUCGCCCCUGCACCCCCCCCUGCAAGCCUGCCCUGAGCUACUGGAGGUGCGCCAUAUCAUACAAUAUCAGCCAAUCAGCAGCCAGCUGCGGCAGGAGCUAGAGAGACGCCUUAAGGAAUACAUGAAGCACCUGCUGAAGAGGACCCAUCUGUCUGAGGAGCUGCAGGUGAAGGAGCCACGUGAGGAAGAGGAGAGGGUCCACGCUGCUGAACUCCUGCACCUGGUCCCGUCUCUGCCACACAUGAAGGACCUGAGCAACACCAUGGAAGAGAGAAAUGGCUCUGGUGCGUAUGAGAGAAAUGGCUCUGUGGACAUGGCUGCCUUAUAUGCUCAAGCACUCUCCCCAUCGCCACCACCCGAUGGCACUGUUGCAGAUGACUUUGGUCUCAACGGUGUCCUUGACAGCAGAAAGGAGGAGUCCUUGUGGCCAGGAAAGCUGGAGCAGUACAGACAGGAGCUCCGAGAAGAGUGUCAGAUGCGAGAAGCUCUGAGAACCAGACGUUUGUCUCCGUAUUUUCACUCUGACAUUUCGAUGGCAUCCCAGUUCACACAGAAGGUUCCUGACAUGGAGGCUCUUUCCCAAGCACUGCCACCACUUCCCAGGUCGGGACCAAACCCACAAAUCCAGGAGUUUCUUCAAGAUGCCAGUAACACCCGCGCCCUCACCAAGCGAUCUUUGAAACCAAGCGCUUCAUACGCUACAGGAAGUGAUGCAGCAUUCCAGGGAUGGUGUGUCAGUCCCACCUCGCAGGCUGCUGAGCCCAGCUGCUCGAAUGGCCAUGACCUCCGCUCUGAGGUGCAGAUGGAGGGCCCUCCACUGGACCCUAGAUAUAGGGACUUCCGGAGACAAGGUCCACAGGAUUCAGAAGGUGUGAGCUUGCAGGGGCCUCUGUAUGUGAGAAAGAGGAGGGGUAGAUCACUCAGCCUGGCCAUGGAUGUGACAGGAAGCCCCCGCAAGGAGAGGGUGUGCCUGCCCCCUGUUCUCCUCACUGCCAGGCCCUGGAGCCUGCCCAAUCACAAGUUUCUAAGAGCCGAGGAGCCUGUGAGGAGGACUCUGCGCACCGCAUCGGUGUCGGCCCUGGCUGGGGCUGCGAAGGUCGCCUUGCGGGGGUUUGAACUGCUCCCCACUAAUGUGGACUUCGGCAUGCUGAGGGGUGGGGUUAGCUACUCUGUGCCUGUAAUCAUGAGAAACGUAGGACUCGACUCCUGCAGGUUCAGCGUGAAGCAGGCGCCUCCUUCCACUGGCCUCAGAGUAACCUACCAGCCUGGCCCUGUGGCAGCAGGGAUGAAGACAGACCUGCAGGUUCAACUAUUUACCCAGGAGCCUCAAGACCCAGACACAGAGGCUCACCUCUCUCACCAGAUAGAGAUUCUCACAGAGACAGAGAUCCUCUACCUUCCUGUGUCUGCAACAGUGCUGUCAGAGAAGCUGUACGAUAGCAGGGUACAGCAAGACGGCCGCCGGGGACGGAUGGGCAUGGCUGAGGUCCAACAGGGAGUCCCCUAAUUCCAGAGAUGGCUUCCUGCUGAAGAACAGAUCUAUGUCCCAUUUUCUUCCUGAAAAUGCUGAACUGCAAUCCCGACAAGAUACAGAUAUGGAAACUGGUCUGAACUGUGCUAUUUAUAGCUAUGCUUUAUGCAUAAUAUGUGACAAUGAAUAAAAUAUCUUUCUGGCA